CCUCAAAGGAUACACGUCCUUGGCAACCUAAUACACAUUCCGUUCUGUCGGUUUAACUGUUUUCUAUAGCUUAUUGUAUAAAUUCUUAAAUUAAUUGGUUAAGAUAUAAAUUAUUAAAAAUGUACGGUUGGUUACUUGAAAGUGUUCAACAUUUUAUUGUGCAAGAAUGCGGGGAAGAAAUAUGGGAGACGAUACUACGAGAGUCUGGGGCUAGAAACACUGUAUUUAGCGCUACACAGCAAUAUCCAGAUGCACUCAUGUUACGACUGGCUUGUACUUUAGCCCGACUGUUUAGUAAAGAUCCAAACAGUCCAACCGCUUCGACACCCGGCAGUCCGACACCAAGAAAGACAUCUCUCAAAUCCAAACCCACUUGGAGAAGUGCUUCUGUACACACUGAUAACAGACUCCAAAGCUAUAGAUGCCCAUUCACAGCCAACAAUGCUCUAGCAGCUGCCACCAAGAAAGAAAUAGCCGCGUAUAACUCCAGCGAAGAAAUACGAAUGCCAAUAAAAAGUACCAUUUCAACAGAAAAAAUCAACGAAGGCGAAGAAUUUAAUACUUCCAAUAUAAGAAAUCUGCAAAGAAGGAGUUUGGCUAUAAAUCUGGAGCAUCACGUUGUUAAAGAAGCACCAGAGAAGAUCGUAGAAGUUGACGACGAUGCGGACAGUAAAUGUCCUAUUGAAGUUACACCAUCGCCUCAAUCAGAUGUUAUCGUCACUUCAGAAAAGAAGCAGAUUGUUAGAAAGACGAGCGUUACCGUAGCUUUGGACGUGUACAGGCGGCGAGGUUCAGGCGUAUCCAGACCUAGAUUAAAUAGUCUUAAUCUUAUGAACACUGAACGAUUGAACUCAAUGCGGGAGAAGUUCGGUACGCCUGAGAAAGUUAUGGACUUCUUUGGUAGAUGCUUCGUGAAGUUUUUCACCAAUUAUGGUUAUGACACAAUGAUACGCGCGACGGGUCGUUAUUUCUGCACGUUCCUGCAGUCAGUGGACAGCAUCCACCAGCGUAUGCGCUUCACUUUCCCGAGGAUGCGUUCGCCGAGUAUGCAACUAACGCGAGCGCAUAUCCACGGCGCGGAGCUAGUCUACAGCAGCGGCAGGACUGGAUAUACACAUUAUCUUAUGGGUCAGCUGUACGAGAUUGCUGAGGAUAUCUUCUCAUUGAAGCUAAAAGUGACCGUCAUGAAAGAGAGUAUGGAAGGGAACUAUUACGUGGCGGUGCUGCGGCUGGAAUUUGAUAACAGCGACUAUGUGCAAUCUCUAAUGCUGCGCAAAUCACUUCCAUGCUUAUUGCCGGCGAUUCCAGCUUCAUUACUUCUGCAGCUGUUUCCAUUUGGUGUACUUCUGGAUAGGAAGAUGAGAAUCCUUCUAGGAGGGGAAAAAUUGGUAGCAGCUUGGGGCGGACCUAGCUACAGAAUCCUGAAAUCACCAGUUUCUGAAAUACUGCGCUUGAGGAAACCGAAAAUAUCGUUUACAUGGGACAAGGUGGUAUGCAUGCAGACAAUGCUGUUCGAAUUAGAACUAAUGAGAUGGAAGGCUCGCUGUGUCAACGAUGCGCGCCGCGGCUCACAGGGCGCGCGCUCCAUCCUGCUUAAAGGACCAAUUUAUUUACUCGAGGAAAUAGAUGAUCUUAUCUUCCUUUGCAGUCCAAUUUUCAACGAUUUAGAUGAAUUAAGACAAGCCGGUUUGUAUUUAGAACUGCUGUUUGAAAAAGCUGAAAGUAGAAGUCUGUCUCUUGAGAAGUCAUGCAGACUUUUGGAUCAGUGGAAAAAGAGGGGCGACCAACUGUUGUAUUCUAUGAUACCGAAAGGAAUUGCUGACCAUUUGAGGUCUGGUAAAGAUCCAAUGGGAGCUUGUCAGGCGUUUGAGUCAGUGACGAUAAUGUUCUGCGGCGUGCAGCUGGCGGAGGCGGGCAGUCGAGCCGACGUCAUGCAGACCGUGGCCUACAUGAAUGAUGUAUACUCCAGGAUCGAUAGACUGCUCGACGCACAUAGAGUCUACAAGGUGGAGACAGUAGGCACGGUGUACAUGCUGGUCUCAGGCGCGCCGGAACGGCGUCGCGCGCACGCCGCGGCAGCUGCCAGCGCCGCGCUAGCUGUGUCCCGCGCUUUGCCCAUGCUUACCAUCGGAGUACACUCUGGUCCGUGCGUGGCGGGAGUGUUGGGCCGUAGGUUACCGCGCUACUGCCUUGUUGGUGACACCGUCAAUACUGCUAGUAGAAUGCAGACGUCAUCAGAGCCGGGCCGCAUUCAAAUAUCAGCGAAAACUGCGGCGGAACUUCCUGCUGGCAGAUUCCGUCUGAGACGAAGAGGGCUCAUCAAAGUGAAGGGUAAGGGCCUGAUGGAAACCUUCUGGCUGGAAGGGGAAGUGGAAGAAGAGGUGCAGGACGAAGCUCUGCAGCUGUUCUCAGCACUUUGUGGAGAUAAUUGAUUUUGAAAAUGUAUUAAACGUUAGUGCUUAACGUUGCUUGUGACAUUUUCUAGUCUAUUCUUAACAUAGUCUAUGGUAAUUUUGUGCACUCAUAAAUUGUCUUUGGAACCAUACUGAAAAAUCGCAAAUAUGUAUAUGAAAUCGUUAUAUCAUCGCAUUUAAAAAGAUUCAGUCCAUUGUUUUUAA